AUGACGGACACUUCCAUGAGGAACAGUACUUUGAAAAUUCCUAGUACAGUGAAUUCUGCAGAUGCUGAAUUCGGAAGUACAACGAGUCUAGGUAACUUUGUUGAACUGCUGCCUCCAGAAGUCACUUAUAAAAUUUUCAGCCAGCUAGACAUUCACAGUUUGUGCAGAGCUUCUGAGACAAGCUGGAGUUGGAAUCGCGCAAUAAAAAACCAUGAUGCCUUAUGGAAACCUCACUGUUUGACGGCAAGAGCUGUCUGCCAAAGAGAAAUAGACGAUGACAUAAAAAGUGGUUAUACCUGGAGGGUAAUACUCCUGAGAAAUUACCAGAAGAGUAAAGUGAAACAUGCGUGGCUAAGUGGCAGAUACAGCAACAUACGUUCUCCUGCUAACCUGCCGGAAAAAUUAAUGUGCCCCCUGGAUGCAGAUACAUGGGGGGAAAUCCUAGACGCAGAACUGGAAAGAGAAAGUUGAAAAAUCUCAGUAGAUCUCAUGGUGUUGAUGGCACAGAGAUCUACUGCAAGAGACUUUCUAAAAUAUGAUAAUGUUUUUCUCAGUUUUUAAAAUAUUUAGCAUUUGAAAGAAAACAAAGUUGAAUGUGAAACUUUGUAUCUUGCACUUUAGUUAAAAAUUUUUCGGGUUUUAAACUGUGAGAAAUCAUGAAAUGUUAUUUUUAUAAGACACAAUAGGCUGAUAGAAUGGUUUUGGAAUGUUUCAUGUAUUUGUGUUAGACUGUUGUAUGACUUUAAGUAAUAGAAUUUACUGCUCUUUUGUACUUAAUUUUUCAAGAAUUCAGAGGCUACCUGAAGAAACUUAUUUAAAGAUUCAUUAUAAAUAAGUAUCAAUAUACACUUACUUCACUUAUGUCAAGUGAGAAUAGUUUGUAGUAUAUGUAAACUAAUACUAUAAUUACAUGUUAAUAGCUACAGUUUUCACUUCUGUGAAACAGAUUGAACUGUCAAAUAAUGAAAACCUUUAAAAUGUGUUAAACCUAAUCUUGAAGCCGAAACUCUCAGAUUAAGACUUACAUUAUUUUUCUGCAAACCUGAGAUCAUCUCAGAAGCUUUAACUGUGAAAAGUUUGAGAACAUUUAAGAACCGUUAGAACCACCAAAGGUUGUUUGUUGGCUUUGUCAAUGGCAUGCCAACAUCCUCAUAGCGCCACCUAGUGGAUGCUUAGUGCUUCUCCUUACUUAACAAGAAAAUGUUCUCCAAGCCCUAUUUAUCUUGAUAAAGUGUAUCUUUGCAGGGAGGAACCUCUUUUCAACUUUGUUUCUUUUUUUCAUAAAAGGAGAGUAUGCAGCAGCAUUCCCUCUACUAGGUUAUCCCACCUGAAUUUGUAAACCAUAGUAGAAAGUGCCUGCAAAUGUGGUCAUUUGUAUGGGGUUUUCUAUAGUUACUAUUCCAUACCUUUCUGUUGUUGUGAUAAAAACAUCCUGACCAAAAACAGCUUAUGAAAGAAAGAGUGUGCUUAGCUUAUAGUUCCAAAGCAAUAAGAGCCAUCAUUUCAAGGGAGGAGAGUAGCAGACACAGAAGAUAGAGCAGAAAGCUGAGAGAUCACAUCAACGAAAAGCAGGAAUCGAGAGUAAACUAGAUGGAGGUGAGGCUUUAAAAGCCUCGCCCCAGUAACACAUGCUUCCUCCAGCAAGGCUGCACCUCCUAAACCUCCCCAGACAGCACUACCAACCAGAAACCAACAAGUAUUCAAAUACGGGAGCACCAUGUAGAACAUUUCUUAUCAAACUACCAUAGUUUAAAAUAAAUCUAGGAGGCCAGUAUUUGCUAACUAGACAGCCAUCAGAACAAUGCCCCAUCAUAUACAAAUACUUUUUGUUGCAUCACAUGGAUGAUUAUUAUCUAUUAAUAUCUUAGAGUUGGAAAUGAUCUUGAAAACCAGGCAGGGCAGUUUCCAGAACUAGUCAGUAAUUUCCUGUCAGUACACUGAAGUCUCAGACACCCCAAGUUCAAAAACAGCAGUAGUUUCUCCAUUACAUUGUAAGGCAGUACUCUCCUAGGACUGCUGCAGUCAUUGGAAAUUCUCCUCAAAACACAAGAUCAUCCAUAGCAUUUGUCUCUCGCCCUGUUUCUACUGCUAGGAUUAGACCACUUAGUCCUUCUCUAGGUUCCUAGGCUUGCUAUCUGAAUGCUUCCAGAUAGCCAGCCUGUCUCUUUCUACUGUCUUCUCCCUGUUCCUUCUGACAGUCACAUGCCAUAAUUUCUGGGCCAAGCAGCACUCUCUGCUGUUCAUGCCCUCAAAUUCGUGAUUGGGAAGGAAGAUAUCCUGCUGAUCUCAUUUAGGAAGAGAUCAUUAAAAAGCACUUUGAAAUCUUGAAAACAUGGAAGUGAAGCAGUAAGGAGCUUACUGGAUGACACUGAAUGUAUAUGCAGGUGUUGUGAGCUAUGUCCCAUAAUGAGUGUUCUACCUGUCACCUUUUUCUGUUAAUACAGAAUGCCCUGAGGAGGGGGAAGCGCCCUUCUCAUUCAUGGCACCCUCUCUGUCAACCUCUGUGUUGAGUCUAAGAAUGGAACGUGACUGAAACCACCUCGUUCUUAAACUGGAAUGCAGAAGUGAUGAAACUGUUUCCUGCUGCAAAGAGAAAUGGGUCCUUAGUCAGAGAAUCCACAUCCAAUAGAAAAACAAAGGAAGUGGAAGAGAGAGUGUAGUGAUAACUCUAUUCAGUCAGUCCACUUGUCUAAACCAGUACAAAUUGCACUAAAAAACCCUUAGAGCUUUCUUACUGGUUUACAAGUGUGUGACACUCGUGGUUUACAUUAGUGUCUUAGCUUUGGACUAGGAACCCUACCUGUAGGGCUUCCUUUGCCUGUUUUUUAAGUAUGUGAUACUUGUCAUUUACAUUAGUAUAUUUGUUGUAGAGAUCUCAACCCUUGCUUUGAAUCCUCCCUUAGUCCUGCCAAACUUGUGUCCUGAAGGUAAUCCCUUGCCUUAGGUGCUCUUAGCAUGCAUUUCUUUCUCCAUCUUCUUCUGUAACUUGUUCUUCCCACAAACCUUGAAAUUGCUGCUAAGACACAAGUAGCUUACUUCCUAAAUGUCUUCGCUACAUUUUUGUUGUUGAUUUGAGUGACACUUGCUUCUUGUCUUAGUUUGAAGGCAAGCAUCUCACCAUCCUAAAACUAUCCAUUAUAUGCUGCUGUUCUUGAAGGUUCAGACUGUUGUUCUCUUAUGUUCUGAACGUCUGCUCCCCCAUUAUCACUACCAUUGUGGGUGCUUAUGGUGUCCGUAUCCAUGACUCCACAUCACAUUUGCCCAUUGUCUUCCAGAAACGCUUCUGCCAACCUGUUGGAAUCAUUGCUAAGUCACUAAUACCACAACCAGAGCUCAUUAAAGCAAAAGACUAGUUAUCCUUUCAACCCCUACCCAGGAAAGUGGCCAGGGCUUUAGGUAGUUAACAGUGUUUCUGCUUUUCUCAUUCUGAGACCAUCCAGCCAAGAAUCAGUUCUUACUGGUUUAGUAAUCUGAGCAUUCUGACCCUUCUCCAUAUUUUCUCUGCUUUAUUACUUCUUAUCCUUGUUUGAAACUGACAAGGCUAAGAUCACCUCCUAACUGAUCACCUUCCUCUCACUGGUGAUGGAUCAGUCUUCCUAAUUAGCAUGUCACUUCUAAGUUAGAUCAUUUGCUACAUUCAGGCAGAAUGACUCUGAAAGGCCAGGGAGGCCUUUCAUGAUGCACCCUGGCUUACCCCUGUAGCGUUUUCUCUCACAACUUUCCAUUCUGUUAUCUUUCAGUUCAGUCACACUGAACAGCAUUUGCAGUUGCCUGGCCGUGUUUGCCCCCUUACCUGUGUCCCUUUGUGCAGGUUAUGUGACGGACACACUGACAGGGUUCUCCCCUUCCUCUACCUACCAGCAACUCCUGAUUUGGCAAAAUCUUUCACGGCUAAAACAUCCAUAACUGUAUUGUUCUGGACUAAGUUAUCCUUCUAAAGUCCAUACAUAUCUUUUUUUUUUGUAACAUUCUCCUCAAAAGUUUUCACAUUGUGUUGUCUGUUUACCUGCCCCUAUAGAGUGUGAAUUUCUUAGUAACUGGAACCAUGUUUUAAUUUAUUUUUCUUCCCUCUAAAUCUGCUUCUAAAUUAUUUGUUAAAAUGUCUUAGUAAUUUAUUGCAUUAUUUAUUAUUAGGAAUCAUAUGCAGAAUGUACAAGAAAAUGUAUUGAUAUGAUACUAUAAUAUAUGUAUUAUUAUGGUACCACAUUUACUAUUUGUUAGUGGAUAAUGCUAUAUUGAAAUGCAAAAUAUGAUUGUGGAGUGUCUGAGAUACUCGAUUUUAAUGUUAAAAUAUAAAUGAUUGUUGUAGUCAUCCUCAAAGGUGUAAGUGGAACUUAAAGUAUUUUUGCUAAAUUUUUAAUAAACACUUGAAAAUAAAUUCAAUUUUAAAAUAGCAGAUAUAAAUGAUCUUCUAUUGUUAGCCACCCCUGUCAAUUUCAAGUAUUACCUUGGCAAGUAAAUAAACCAUAAGCCGUUUUCUAUUUUGUUAAAACAAUUCUUUCUAUAACAAGGAACACUUUAGAACAUCGGUUUUAAGAUUUUUGAAAUUAUUUUGGGAAGCUUCAGUCAUUGAGCAACUAUGUUUCUGAGAAUUACAAAUUAUAGUUACCCAUGCUUCUUAUACCUUAUGAUGUUAGUCAGGUUAUAGAUGUGUUCAGAGAUGUACCCAACAUAGAUAUUUGAUCUUCAAACACUUCAAAGACCUACAGAAUAUGGCAUUUAAAUGUUUUAAUAAUUUAGAACUCCGUUGAUGUGAGACCCAAUUGCUCCUGCCAGCACCCAGCUAUUCCCGAGAGUAUGAAGGGCACCAUUGACACUCCAUCUGGGGUUUGUUCUCUUCUUAGAUUCUGGCCCCUUGGGCAAAGAACUGCCCCUAACUCAACUGCUGACUUUGGACAAAAUCCUGUCCUAACUGGGCUAGCAAGAGACAAACUUAGAGACUGCUGAAUCUUGCCAAAUCAGGGUAAGACAGUCUUUCAGUUUCCCUGCUUCUGUGUUGGUCUGUCAGAUACUCUAGGCCUUAGCCAAAGUUGGUUGCCCCGACGUUACUGUGAGACCUUGGGUGACUGCAGGUCACCUGCUGUUUCUGUCUUCACUUGCACCUUUAGGAUGUCACAUGCUUGCACUUCCUGCCUACCCUAGUAAUGUUAUUUUCCUUCUCAGGUCUUUGAUGAUGUUGAAGACUAGACAGUCACAGCUCAUAUGCUCUCUUAUCUUAGAUAGAAAAUACUAAGAUACAAGACUUGGAGUUUCCAGAUUAGGACAGCUAUUGGAGUAAUCUCUGUUAUAUGUCUUUACCCUGAAACUGAACAUGUAAAAUAUGUCUAUUGCUCAUUGUUGCUCUUGCUGGUUAUCAGUUUUAUUUUGUGUAUGUUUUACCUUUCCUUCUCCUGGAAUACACUUGUCAUUGGUUAUCAUUGUAUAUAGUUUUUGUAUCAGGCUUAAAACCUUAUUCUUUAGACAAAAAGGGGAAUUGUAGUGACAUCUUGCCUUGUCAGUGAACUUGUAGUAGUCGCCACACCCUUUGGGUGUGGUUUCAGUUUUGGAUGUGUCCCCUUUAAGGUAGAGGAGCUGCGUCCGUCGGAGAUCUCUGAGGUCGAGGAGAGCAUCGGAAGGGCAGAGACUGCAUUUUCUGGAGCAAGAAGGUUGCGGCGGUUAUUUACUCUUAUCUGUGUAAAUUCUUCCCCAAUAAAACACCUAUUUAUCAUUUA